AUGGCUUAUGUCAUUGGCGGCAUGUUUGAAAAAAUGGGCAGCAAUGUUGAAUACGUGCCGGCUGACACGCAAGCAGUUUACGAAUCCAUCCGCAAUGGUGACGUCACUAUUUCUCACGAAGUCUGGCAAUCUACCUUUGGUAAGUCUUUCUACAAUGCAAUGGCCAAAGGCGGUGUCAUAGAUGCGGGGACACACUCGGCGACGACACUGGAAGAAAUGGGCGUACCGACCUGGGUCAUUGACGAAGGUCUAUGUCCGGGCUUGCCAAACUGGGAGGCAUUGAAGGACUGUCAUGCCAAUUUCACCACUCCGGACUCUGGCGGCAAAGGCCGCUGGCUCGAAGGCCCGCAAAGCUGGCACGGCGACUUAAUGCCUGAGCGCCUGGCUGCAUUGGGGCUGGAUGACAAAUGGACAGUGAAAUUUGCCGGCGGUGCUGAUGCAUUGUGGACUGAGCUUGCCUCUGCGAAAAAAGAAAAGCGCGGUACUGUUGUAUUCAACUGGACACCAAACUUCACCGAUGCCGAGGGUUUUACCUUUAUCGAAUUUCCGCCUUAUAAGGAUGGCUGUCGUAUCGAAGAUGGUGGUGACGGUAAAUGUGGUUCACCAAAAGGCUGGUUGAAAAAGGCGGCAAACUAUAAGUUCCCAAAAACCCACCCGGCUGCAUACACUGCUUUCACCAAGGUUGAUUUCACCACCACGCAAAUCGGCCAAAUGGCCGCAAUGGUUGACACUGACAAGAUGGACCACAAAGACGCUGCGGCAAAAUGGCUCGCUGAAAAUGAAAGCGUCUGGAUGCCCUGGACCAAGUAA